CCUGUUCUCGGCGAUCGUCAGAUUAGUUGCUGCCAAGUACCCGAAUCAUUUACAACAUGAAGUGGCUGUCGACUGCCUUCGUUCUGGGUCUUUUGGCCCUGGCUAGUGCCAACCCCCUGAGUCCUGGCAACGUGAUCAUCAACGGGGACUGCAAAGUUUGCAAUAUACGAGGCGACUAAGUCCUGAAUCAGCGGGAAUAAAAGCUUUCAAAAUAUGCAAAAAUGAAAUAAAACGAAUGAAAUUAA